AUGCCGGCGCAGUAUGACGCCAUCACCAGGCCGAAAGCUCCUCGUCCGUUGUCGCCAUCUCUGCGAGGUCAUUAUGACACGUGGCAAUCCCAACCAGGACAGCCCGACGACGCAGAUCUGCGUAGGACUCUGCGUCCAAACUCUUCUCCAGCCGGACACCUUGGUGACGCGCCUGGUGAACACUCCUUGAGGUCCGCGGCGCGUCCCUGGACGUCGGCUUCGCUAGCGUCUGUCAAGUCUUUCACUACUGGCUACCUAGCGUCAGAUUCGUGGAACGAGCUUUUUGCACCUGGGUCGGUGCAGUCAGAGCCACAGCCAGAACCAAACGAGCGCACGGACCUCAUUGCAAAGGGAAUGGUCUCCAAAGCCGCGGUGAGCUGUUCGGAUUACAGGCUAUUGAAACGAGAAGAUGAUAUUCGUGCCCUCACUGGACUCUGGUCGACGAUUUCGUUUCGCCGUCCUCGUGGCAUGGACAUCAUCAGUGAACACGCUCGGUCCACGCGAAAGCCCCCAGCAAUCGUGGCGGAUGGCUUCCUUUCCAAAGGUCCGAAUGGACAGACUCCCUACCAAAUUGCAUUGGAGGUCCCGCUGCUCCAGAAGCUGGAACAUCAGAAUGCAGGAUUCAUAAAGCUCCUGGUGGAGGCUGACUCGCUUUCCUAUGUUUCAGCACUUGCCGGACAAGUCUUGUAUCGGGAAGGCGAUCCUGCAUGCUGCUCGUAUGUGCAGCUUUCGGGGUCGGUUCAGAUGUACUCCUGUGAUCGUGAUUUCUUGAAGCAAUCCGGGUGGCAUCCAAUGGACACAGAUGCAAGCCCGAGCAGCCCGACGAAGCUCGCAAAGGCAUCAACGCGACCUAUGCUCCCCACACCUCGCACUGAGCACGAUCCAUCCAGAUACCCAACCUUGAAAGAGUAUGUGCACAUGGCCAGAGACGAGGAGUCUACACCAAGGUUUCGGACACUUGAGGGGCACAGUACUUUCAGCAAGGAUUCCUCUUUCGGGGAGCUGUACGACACGAGCCAUGCCCUUGGGACACUGAUUGGCGAGUCUGCACUAGUUGGGAAAGAGCUGUGGCAGCACAGUGCAAGGUGCAUUAAGGACUGUGACUUCUUAGCGAUCAAUGUUUCCAUAUUCAAGAAAACGCUCAAAACGAUGCGUGAGAAUCAGCGGUUCUUUGACCUCUACAUGCCGGGCCUGAACAAAAACAGAAACAUCAGGCCACAUCCGAAUGAUUUCUUCAAGCGAGAAGUGAUACCAGAGGGGGAAUGUCUACUGGAAGAAGGCAUGGUGUCGCUUGAGCCUGCUGUUUUCAUGGUGCAGCGUGGCCAUGUCGAGCUGCGACGGUACCGGAUGUCCAGUGCGAAUCCGGCUUAUGUCCUGUCAACACGGCCCCUUACAGGCAAACCUCAAAAGGUGACCACGCAGGAUGUGACGUGCUUGCUGCUGCCGGACUUCGCCAGGACUUUCACACCAAAGCUUGAUGAGGAAGGUCUGCCGAGAAUCGGCUUGCCGCCUGCGUUGAAGGGCACCAUGCGGCAGCGGCUUGAAGACGAGUACAUGGCAGACCCGUCCCACUUCCUCCCGCCGCGGGAAAAGAAACUUUCGCCUGAAGAAGCCAAAGUUCGUCAUCACAAGGCUUUGCUGAAAGACCGCAUGGAGACGACUGCCUUCAGGAAGAAGGAACGUGCUCUGAAAAGGGAUGAAGAGCUCCGAGAAGCCCGGCCUUUGCGUCAGGCUACUGAAGCAGAAUGGAAACAUAGUUUUCUCAGUGUUUUCACAUUUUUGAGGUGA